CCUGAAAAGCCAAACACAAGCUGGUUAAAUCCUAAACUCUAAUUCCAGGCUUCAGCAGAAUCUUCUCUUCAGCUAUGAAGCCCAUGAUUGUAGUUCUUGCUUGCUCCUUCCUCAGCACUGUAUCUGCUGAUCGAGGGUCCUGCGUUGGUCGCUGUGACCAGAGCUUCACUCCAUUGGUGAAAUGUCAGUGUGACAACUUGUGCAAAUUCUACAGGAGCUGCUGCGAGGAUUAUGAUACUGUUUGUAAAAGAGUUCGUGGGGAUGUGUUCCACAUGGCUGAGGAUGAAUAUGCUGAUGCCUUGGACUCCCCCACUGUGGACUAUUGGACAGCCGGACCAGAUUAUAUGGAAGCCACAGUAGAGCCAGAACCAAGUCUGGGGCCCGAGCUGGGGCCAAGUUUGGAGCCAGACCCAGAACCGAGUUUGGAGCCAGACCCAGAACAAGACCCGAGUUUGGAGCCAGACCCAAAACCGAGUUUGGAGCCAGACCCAGAACCGAGUUUAGAGCCAGACCCAGAACCGAGUUUGGACCCAGAACCACAACGAGACCCGAGUUUGGACCCAGAACCACAACAAGACCCAAGUGUGGACCCAGAACCACAACAAGACCCAAGUGUGGACCCAGAACCACAACCAGAGCCGUGUUUGGACCCAGAACCAGAACCAGAGCCUGAACCAGUUGAUCUCUGCACCAGUAAACAACCCAUUGAUGCAUUCACUGAUCUCAAGAAUGGAUCGAUCUACGCUUUCCAGGGAGAAUACUUUUAUGAGCUGGACAAGUGCAGUGUUAUUUCAGACUACCCCAGACUGAUACGUGAGGUGUGGGGCAUGCAUGGUCCAAUUGAUGCAGCCUUCACACGCAUUAACUGUGAGGGGAAAACCUACAUUUUCAAGGGUGAUUCUUACUGGCGGUUUUCUGAUGGAAUUCUGGAGCGUGACUUCCCAAGACUGAUCAAGCAUGGUUUCCCUGGCAUUCCAAACAAUGUUGAUGCAACACUGGCAGUGCCCGCCAACAAUAUUGAUGGAAAAGAGCGAGUUUAUUUCUUCAAAGGGAAUGUCUACUGGGAAUACAUCUUCCAGACCCAGCCAAGCCAGAUGGACUGUGCUAGUUCAUCCAUCUCUGAUGUGUUUCUGAGAUACACUGAUAUAGACAACAGUUGGGAGGAUUUCUUUACCAGCCUGUUCCAAGUUACUUCAAACGUUGGUGCCAAUGGACCCAAGUCCAUCAGAAAAAACUGGCGUGGGAUCCCGGGCCACGUGGAUUCUGCCAUGAUUGGGAAACUGUUCUUCAUCCGCCAAUUCCCAAGAUCUGGCCGGAGGAAGCCAAAGAAACCAAAGAAGCCAAAGAAGCCCUUGAGGUGGAACCAAAGGAGAGGACAGUGGAGGAAGCACUCCUCCAGCAUGGAAAUGGAUUUGUUCUCCUCGUUCAUCCCCAGCCAGAGUGUCUACUUCUUUGUGAAAGAUCAAUAUUACCGAGUGGAUUUGGAGACGAAGCAAGUGGCAGAUGCUCGACCCUCUUACCCACGAUCCAUCGCCACAUACUGGUUCAAGUGUAUGGACGUGCAUCUGAGCCAUGAAUAAAACCAGAGUCCCGGAACAUGGGAGAAGCUCCACACUGGGAACAUGCCAUUUUAACUGGGUCAUCAAAAACAGCCUCAGUAAUUGUCGUAUGCAAAUGUCUUCAAUGUAGCAAAUCCGUUCAUUUGCAAAUAAAACCAACGUGGUAAACCUGCA